AUGGAAAAACAUAACGCUCUUGAUCUUGGGCAUAACGACGCGAUGGUAGAAAUGGUCGAAGGCGGCGAAGCAGCGGACGCACUCGUGGAGGUACACUCUGCAGGCUGCCGCGACACCGUGCCAAGUACCUGGCCUGCAGUGGCACCGGCCGUAUGGGAUGACGCGUUUCACCACGCUCCUAGUGACAAACAAACAUUAAAACAUUAA